AUGAGUGGCAGCUCAUAUCCGAAAGCCGAAUACAAUGUACUGGGGGCCUCCUUGAAAGUGGGAGCGCUGAGUGGCUCAGCCGGGCUCGUCUACGGCGGGAUCUCAGGAGUGAUCCGAUCACCCCAUCCUGUCAUUCAUUCCAUUUCCUGCGGUAUCCACUGGUUUGCCUGUGGAACCUCCUUUUGGUGGCUGAGAAGCAAUAUUCUCGAGAAAUACUAUGAGGAUAAAGCCACUCCCAGGCAACGUACCUACGCCAGUACUGUGUCUGGUGGUGUUGCUGGAGGUGUUGUUACCAGACUAAUGGGCGGUCGGCUUGUCCCGGGACUCGUUAUCUUCUCGCUUCUUGGAUGUAUUGGGCAGGCCUCAUACAACACCAUCGAUCAAUGGCAGCUGAAACAAGCGAACACGCCGUCUAAGCCAUUCCUUGACCGCAUAGCGGAGUCUAAAUGGGUUCCGCUCAAGUCGCUGUCUGACGACGAGUAUCGGCACAUCUUGAGCGAGAAACUGCUAAGCAUUGAGGCGGAGAUUGCGCUUAUCGAUGAUAAGAUCGAGGAGCUUGAGAGGGAUAAAGUGGUUGAGUCGAAGAAGCAGUCUACUGAACAACGAACACAGUGA